UAUCUGGCAUCGGCUUUAACGUCGUACUUAAUUCAUUGCAACUCUGACGAAAUAACUAUUGAAACUGACAUCGUAAAAGAAGAAGAGCACAAAUAAAAAUAUAAAAAUUUUCUGGAGAAUAUUUGCAGACAUAUUUGAAAAUAUAGUUUUAAAAUGAUCGAAAAGAAAACAGAGAAGACCAAACAUGAAACAAAACCGCGGGACGACGGCGUUGAUUUGGAAAACCAAUUUAUACUUCGAUUACCAGAGGAGCCCGCUAAAGCGCUGCACGAAGCACUACAAACAGGAACUCUUAAGGAUCGGAUAACUAUCAAAUUGGAUAAUGAGCUACGUUAUGGCGAGUUGCGUUUUGAUCAAUGGUUAUUGCAUGCGAAAGUUUUAGAUUUGCCGACCAUUAUUGAGUGCCUCAAAACCAUAGAUAGCAAAAACUUUUACAAAUCUGCAGAUAUUUGUCAAAUAAUGAUUUGCAAAGAAGAACCCGACGCAUUAGAUCCAGAAAAAGAAUCGCCAAACAAGGGCAAAAAGAAGGAUCCUAAUAAGGUAGACAAGAAAUACUUGUGGCCUCAUGGCAUUACGCCACCGUGCAAAAACGUGCGAAAGCGCCGCUUCCGUAAAACAUUGAAAAAGAAAAACGUUGAAGCACCCGAAAUUGAGAAAGAAGUGAAACGUCUAUUACGGAUCGAUAAUGAUGCCGUAAAAGUAGACUUUGAAAUCAUUAAUGAAGAUUUAGACAAAAGGUCUUUAGAGCAACAAUCCAAGGAAUAUAACGAAGGCGAGGAAGAAUACAAUGAUGAGACUAUGCAUGGGGGUGAUAAGAAUAACGAUUCUUCUUCACAAAAAGACAUCAAUGUAGAAUCAGAUGGUGACGAUGAAGAUGCACCAUCUCGUUCAGCGCCCAUUGGUGGUGUUGGUGAGCAUGAUAUUUUCGGUGAAGAAGUGUCUUCGUCCGAUGAUGAUGAAGAUAUGCGGCGUGGCACUUCACGCUUGCGAGACCUUGAGGAUAUUUCCAGGUUAUCAGCGGAUGACUCGCGCAUGUCUGAUUUUUCGAUGGGAGGAAAUGGGGCCGGCGAUGUUGCCGGUACUUCAACCAAUCUAAUGGGUGCAUCUGGCAUCGAAAAUGCUAAUAGCAUGAACAGUUUAAAAGAUAACGCAACCGAAUUCGACAAAUCCAUGUUUGGCAGUCCAAAAGCCGAUGCGGAUGAUAUGGUCUCAAAAUUUAGCGGCUCUAAUUCGAACUUAGCAGCACCGAGUGGCUAUUAUGAAGAGCAAAAACGUAAUGAUUACGAAGAUGAUUAUUCAAGUGAAACCAAUACAACAACACCACAUAUUAAUGCCGAACAAAUUCAAAGCAGAGUAGCCGAAUUGCGUAGACAAUAUGAAGAUUUGAAAACGCAGCAUACACAAAAGGCCCAAGAGAUUUCAUCUAUCCAGAAUCCAACAUUGAAGCAACGUUUGCAAGAGACCCUAGAUAAUUUACAAAAUCAAAUGGACGAUAAAGAAGCUGAAAUUAAGGAUUAUGAGAAUAUUCUGUAGGAAACAAAGUCGUAGUAGCGACUACUGGUUAAAUAUGAAUAAAACUUGCAACUUCUAAAAUUAAUUAACAAUACAAUUUAAGGCUGAAUUCUGUGGCUAAUUUCAUCACGAAAGAUACCAACUCGAACUCGCCAGGAAUGGAAGCCGUUUUUCUUUUUAUCUUGCCUCAUUUGGAAGGGGUGUCUAAAACUGAGUGUAUUUUCUGUUGCAGAAGAGGUAUGCUUACAAAAAAUAUCAAUUCGAAAGCCAAUAAAACUAUCUACUGGGUAAUGAAAAUA